AUGUCUACUCAAGUACCACAAAGUCAUGCGCAAGGCGCUGCCCAAGUACCUGACUCAUUUUCGAGACUUCCCCUUGAGGUUAGCACCAGGAUUUUCACGUACGCUUUACCAGGUCCUCGGAUCAUCACCAUCGAUGUUGAAAUUAGUAAGAUGGAAGAUUCUGAAAUCUGGGAUGACCUUGCUCUGGAACUAGAAUCAUCCCAGAAAACCUGGGAGAAAAAGCGAGAGGACAAACAUUUUAGAGAAAAGCAGGGACUUCAUGAUCCGAAAGAUCACCACAUGAUCUUGGAGGUUGAGAGGGCUGUUGCUAUUCAGAACAUUCCAGCAUUGUUACAUACUUGUUCGUUUUCAAGACAAGUAGCCUUGAAACAUUAUCAAUUUUUGAACCGAGGCAAAAAAUUGACAGUUUGCAUCGAUUUCAACGUUGAUACUCUUCACUUUCGAAGCCGUCGUGCGUGGGGACUCUUCACGCAAAAGCCAGGAGAAUUAAUCGGUAGACGACUCCGAGCCAUUAUGAUCGCCUCAAAAAGCAAGUGGGGAUACGAAGAUGGAGAUCGAUACAAUAUAAACUACAAUGUGUUUUUGAACGAUCUCUUUGAAACAAGAUACUGUAAAGAAAGAGAUGAUAUCAGCUUAGACACCGCUUUUAUCGACGAAAUGGCCGAGAAAGUCAAGUUUCUGGCUAUUGGUGGAGAAUCGGAUUGGAGCUGGAGCCCAGACUGGAUGAUGACAUUAGUAAACUUUUGGAAGGUCAAAAAGAUAUGGUGGAGAUUCUUGGACUAUAGGCCUGGUACUAAUACCGAAGAUGAUUUGAAACUGGAGUGGAGAAGACUAGCUGCAGGUAUUGACAAUAAAGAAGAGUGGCUUGCAAGAAAGGAAGAGUUCAUCCAUAUUACAAUACCAAAAGUUGAACGCAUCAGCUUCGAAGAUUUACAAACCAGGCAAAGACUCGGCGAAGGAUUCGAUAUCGAGUAG